AUGCUGCUUAGAAAUCCCAUUUCCAACACCAAGAGGUUCUUCCAGAAAACCCUCGGGAACUUGAAGAAUUUCUUCUCUGCAGGAAGCUACGAAAAGCUCCCAAAAUCUCCUCCUGUCUACAACAACCCCUUUCAAUAUGCUACUGCUGUUGACCUCAACAAUCUCCACACCACAAGUUACAAAGACUUGGACAAGCUGUACACUGACUUCACAGACCAAUGGGAUUCCGAAAUUGAAAAGAUGAGGAGAUCAAACAAGAAGAAAGUUAUCUCCACACCCACCAAAUUACAAGACCACCAUCAAGAAGUUCAGAGCCCAACAAGCUUCACCAAGCUCAAUGCUUAUCAUGCAAGUCCUCCUCCUGCAAAGAUCAAUAAAAAUUAUGAGAAAUAUGAUCUUAAAAACAGGACGGUGAUCAAGAACAGAGACGAAAAGACGAAAACUGUUACAAAGGAAUCGAGGGAGCUUCGAGAGGGUUGCUUGGUGGCACAGAAGAUAAAGGAGAUGGAGAUGCUUGACAUGAGCAAUGUGGAUCAUGUUUUGGACAUAGAAGAGGUUCUUCAUUAUUAUUCUAGGCUCACUUGCCCUGCCUAUUUAGAAAUUGUGGACAAGUUUUUCAUGGACGUGUAUGCUGAGUUUUUUGGUCCAGCAGCACCAGCAGCAGCCACACCAGCACGCAGCAUCAAGUCAAGGCUGAGGCCAAGGUCUCUGAUGAUGUCCUAA